AUUAAUCAAUCAAGAAGAAUACAUCAAUAAGGAAUCUCAAUAUCUCAGAGAGAAUCAGCCUUUCCAAUCUAUUUCUCUUAAUUGUAAAUUCACCAUUUAUAUGCCAUGAAUCAAUGAUACGUCCUCAAAACCCUAGCUAACUAUGAGCUUCUCCGUCCCAUCCGCACCACCAUUUCUGCCGCCCAUCCACACUAAUUAAGAACAAGAGCAUGAGCAUGAAUGCAUCUUGGUCGUCCAACUCGCCUUGCGCAGGUUGCAGGUUACUCCGACGGAAGUGCAAACGACUGGAGUGCGUGUUUGCGCCUUUCUUCCCUCCAGAUGAGCCCCAGAAGUUCGCCAAAGUGCACAAAGUAUUCGGGGCGGGCAACGUGGCGAAGCUGCUAAAGAGGUUGCACCAUUCCAAGCGAGAGGACGCUGUCAAGUCUUUAGCUUAUGAGGCUGAGAUGCGCCUCCGUGACCCUGUCUACGGCUGCGUAGGUGUCAUAUGUCUACUCCAGCACCAGCUCCGCCAGCUCCAGACAGAUCUUAGCUCCGCCAUGUCCCAUCUCUCCAUGUAUCAGAGUUUAGGCUUCCAAGGCCAUGACAUGAUCAAUAACCAGAUGAUGAUGGGCAGCAAUGGCUAUGAUGCCGCAGCACCAUCAGUUAAUUGAUCCCUCCUAGAUUUUUUCCAUCUUAGUAAUUUUUCUUUUCCUUCUCUUUGUUUAUGUCUUGGUUUUGUAACUUUUGUUUAAUUAGCAUGCAUUGCAACCAAAUUAUGGAACAAAUGAACAAAGAGAAAACAAUUUUCUCUUAAAGAGUAUUGCUGUCUUGGAUUAACCACAGAGCAAUAGCUCAGUUGGGUUAUAUCUCUGUGGAUGAUG